CGCAUAUCUGCCUCCGGGCUCCUCCCUCAAGUCGUUAGUCCGCGGUCUAUCGGAUUCGUCGCUCUAGUUCUAUCCGGCUCCUUCAGCAGAAGCACUGGCUGCUUGCUCCUGACGAUGUCCGACACUAUGGAUCCUAACCCGUCCUUCAUCGCCCAGGAAGCCUUUUGCUUCUACCGGAUCAGCGACUUUUACGGUCCCGCGCCGCGGUUCCUCUUCUAUAUUCUCCUCGUGGCUAGCAUAGCUACCCGCCGGCACGGGUGGCUUUUUAGCGCAUUACUCGGAGCCGCCGCCACAUACGCCGGCACGGCAGCCAUUCACGCCUUCAUCCUGCUGGCAGGACGACCCCAUGUACCCGAGCCCGUGCCGGUAUCCAUUCCUUAUGUCUCUCCCGACAGCAAACUCGUGUCCUCCAUCUCGUCUCUCGUUACCGGCGUCACCUCCGUGAUGGUGCAGCCCGGUGCCGUGGAGCUCGACACCGACGCCAUCCUCGCCAUCGUCGUGACAGGCUACCUUGUCUUCCUGCCGAUGCAGUGCUGGUCACGCGUUGCGCGCCGUGGCCGUGCUCGUUACUACCUGAUUCUGUUGUGGAGCUUCCUCAUGCUGCUCGGCACCAUCUGCGCCCUGGUCUUGCGCCCCGACGCUUACCACCAGCCUCGCCAGUACAUGUUCUGCCAGCCAGAGUUCCCGUCCGACAAGGCCGAUACUAAUGAAGGUUGGCCGGAGGAGGUUGCCUCUAUGUCCAAGCACGAUGGUUGGAACAGCACUGUUUGGAAUAUCUUCCAGGACAGAACGCUGUGGGAAAGCCUUGCGGACAACUGCUUUCAUCCUUGCUUCACAACACGCCAAAUCUUGCGCAAGCCGGGUCUGCUGGAAGGCGUCCCCGUAGGCGACAUGAGUGUCGUGCGCAUUGCUUCACACAGCGAGAUUUGGCAGAGCUACGUCUAUGCCAUGGUUGCGACGUCAACGGUCGCAAGUGUCUUCCUUCUCUUCCUCGAUAUCUCGAGAUACGAGUCCCGGGUCCCCUACGCGAAUCCCCGCAACAUCUGGAAGGACCGAAACAUCAUCUUCGACAGCAUGAUAGCCGAUAUCAGGGCCGACCACAAAAGCGAUGGGCUGCUGCAGCCUGCUCGAACGUGCGGAGAGUGGUGCCGGACAAUCGUUAUGCGGAUGAAAAUCUGGCACAGCGUUUUCCUCGACAUCAUUAUCCUCACUGUCCUGGUUAGCAGUAUGCUUCUGUCUCCGCUGGCCGCCAUCGUCUUCGCGAUGUGGAUCGAGUGGAACCUUACUGGCGACGGCUCUGCUGAAGAAAGCGCAAAACAAGUAGCCCAAUGGGCACCGUCUGUAAGCAUCGGGCUGUUGCUCGUGUCGGCCAUGAUUCUGCAGCUGAAAUAUCGUUUGGCAACAAAAGAUGAGAUUGAGGAGGAGAUUGAAGAGACGAAGACGCAUUUGAAAAAGUUGGAGAUGAUAGUCGAGCACAAGUAAGCGAGCGUUUUUUGUUGUUUUUUUAUAGCGUCUGUCAAUUUUGCACGCCCUCGAUUACGACCUUGAAUACCCCCUCUUUUGCUGCUUUCACGAGCUCGAAUGCUUGCUCGG